CAAAUGGUGGUUGAGCCAAUGGAACAAGGAGAAGCAGAUUCUUGCUGCGAUGAAGGAGUUUUUAAAGAAAUCCCUAUUACUCAUCAUGUUAAAGAAGGAUAUGAGAAGGCAGAUCCUGCACAGUUUGAAUUGCUCAAGGUUCUUGGUCAGGGAUCAUUUGGAAAGGUUUUUCUUGUUAGGAAGAAGACUGGUCCUGAUGCCGGGCAGCUGUAUGCAAUGAAGGUGUUGAAAAAGGCUUCUUUAAAAGUUCGAGACAGAGUUCGGACAAAGAUGGAGAGGGAUAUACUGGUGGAAGUACAUCAUCCGUUUAUUGUAAAAUUGCACUAUGCCUUUCAGACUGAAGGGAAGUUAUACUUAAUACUGGAUUUUCUCAGGGGAGGAGAUGUCUUCACAAGAUUAUCUAAAGAGGUUCUGUUUACAGAGGAAGAUGUGAAAUUCUACCUCGGAGAACUGGCCCUAGCUUUGGAUCAUCUGCACCAAUUAGGAAUUGUAUAUAGAGACCUGAAGCCAGAAAACAUUUUGCUUGAUGAACUAGGACAUAUCAAAUUAACAGAUUUUGGACUCAGCAAGGAAUCAGUAGAUCAAGAAAAGAAGGCUUACUCAUUUUGUGGGACAGUAGAGUAUAUGGCUCCUGAAGUAGUAAAUAGGAGAGGCCAUUCCCAGAGUGCUGAUUGGUGGUCCUUUGGUGUACUUAUGUUUGAAAUGCUUACGGGUACUCUACCAUUUCAAGGUAAAGACAGAAAUGAGACCAUGAAUAUGAUACUAAAAGCAAAACUUGGAAUGCCUCAGUUUCUUAGUGGUGAAGCACAAAGUCUUCUAAGGAUGCUAUUCAAAAGGAAUCCAGUAAAUAGAUUGGGUUCAGAAGGCGUUGAAGAAAUAAAAAAGCAUAUCUUCUUUGCAAAUAUUGACUGGAAUAAAUUAUAUAAAAAAGAAGUUCAACCUCCUUUUACACCUGCUUCUGGAAAACCAGAUGAUACUUUUUGUUUUGAUCCCGAAUUUACAGCAAAAACACCUAAAGAUUCUCCUGGAUUGCCAGCCAGUGCUAAUGCUCAUCAGCUCUUUAAAGGAUUCAGCUUUGUUGCAACUUCCAUAGCAGAAGAAUAUAAAAUUACUCCCAUCACAAGUGAAAAUGCACUACCAGUUGUUCAGAUAAAUGGAAGUGCUGCACAAUUUGGUGAAGUAUAUGAAGUGAAAGAAGAUAUUGGUGUUGGCUCCUAUUCUGUUUGCAAGCGAUGCAUACAUACAGCUAACAACAUGGAAUAUGCCGUGAAGAUCAUUGACAAAAGUAAGAGAGACCCCUCAGAAGAAAUUGAAAUUUUGAUGCGCUAUGGACAACACCCAAACAUUAUCACUUUAAAGGAUGUCUAUGAUGAUGGUAGAUAUGCUUACCUUGUUACGGAUUUGAUGAAAGGAGGAGAGCUACUUGACCGCAUUCUCAAACAAAAAUGCUUCUCAGAACGGGAGGCUAGUGAAGUACUGUAUGUAAUAACUAAAACGGUUGACUAUCUUCAUUGUCAAGGAGUUGUUCAUCGUGAUCUUAAACCUAGUAAUAUCUUGUAUAUGGAUGAAUCAGCCAGUGCAGACUCAAUAAAGAUCUGUGAUUUUGGAUUUGCAAAACAACUUCGAGGAGAAAAUGGACUUCUUUUAACUCCAUGUUACACUGCAAACUUUGUAGCACCUGAGGUUCUUAUGCAACAAGGAUAUGAUGCUGCUUGUGAUAUUUGGAGUUUGGGAGUUCUUUUUUACACGAUGCUGGCUGGCUAUACUCCAUUUGCUAAUGGCCCAAAUGAUACUCCUGAAGAGAUACUGCUGCGUAUAGGUAAUGGAAAGUUUUCUUUGAGUGGUGGAAACUGGGACAAUAUUUCAGAUGGAGCUAAGGAUUUACUUUCCCAUAUGCUUCAUAUGGAUCCACACUUGCGGUACACUACAGAUCAAAUAUUGAAACACUCAUGGAUAACCCACAGAGAACAGUUGCCAUGUGAUCAGCCAAAUAGAAAUGAUACAUCACAUAUCAUUAAGGGAACAGUAGUUGCAACAUAUUCAGUUCUGAGUCACAAAACCUUCCAACCAGUCCUAGAACCUGUUGCUGCUUCAAACUUAGCUCAACGACGAAGUCUGAAAAAGCGAACAUCAACUGGCCUAUAAGAUUUACAGUGGUCUUCAGACAUACUGGAUGAAGAGAAAAUUAAAUGUUGUGUCUUUUAGCCUAAAUGUUUAUUAAAAACAUAGUCUUCAGCUACAAUACUUGCAUAAUAUGUUUAAGCCCUUUUUAUUAAGAGAAGUCUGAUUGGAGAAAAACAAAACAAAACACAGGUCCACGGUAUUUAUUUUCUGUUGUUUGGCAGUAGUGUCCAAGGGUCUAACAACUUCUUUGCACACUAACUUAAAAACUUCAUUUCAAAUAAAAAUACUUUAAUAGCUUUUGAUUUCUCAUAACACAAUUUUGGUGAGCCAUUACUAAUAAUCAGAUGCAUAUAUAAUCCUAUAAUGCCAAGCAAUAUCAGUAUUUUUAACUUAAGUUCCUCAAGGAUAGACUUUUUAAAAGAGAAAACACAAAAGAGUAUAUAGAAGCUUGUUACUGUGCACAACCAAUAGACUACAUUCAUUUGAAUCCCUGUAGCUAUUAAAAUAAAGAGUAGUUCAGUUCCUGAGAUAUAUACUUAUGUGUUAAUAUGUGAACUCCUAAUAUUCUGGGUGCCAAUAUUUUACAGAAUAUAAUAUGUGCAGACAGACCUGUAUAUUUUACAUAAAUGGUUUCAUUGAAAUAGAAAAUGUUAAGGCAUCUGUGAAUUUUAUACCUAAUGGAGUGUUACAGUAAAAGAGAAAAUUUUUAAGUAAAGGCUUUAUAUAGAUGUUACUAUCUAUUAAACAGAUCAUAAUUAAGCCUUUGAAAAGAAAGUACAUAUUGUUAACACUACAUCAGUAUUAUGUAAGUUAACGUUCAACUUAACCAAUUGGAUUUAACUAUUAUCUUUACCCUUUAUAGUGAAGUACAUAUUUUUUUGAUUUUCAUGUAUUUUGAAUUACAGUGUAUUAUAUUAAUCAACCUUGAGUCCUAAGCAAAUAUAGUUGAAAUUUUACUGUAGUGAAUUUGUGUGAUUAGCACACAUGAUAAAGUAUAAUACAUUUCAGUAAAGUUAGAUAAUUCUAUAUAAUCUAAAUAGUCAAAGUAAACUAACAUUUACAGGGAAGAAAUUAAUAUUAAAGAUCUACAUAAAACAUGAGCACAUUUACACUCAUACUUCUAAGAAUAUGGUCAAAUUGAUCUUAUCAUUGAACUUAUGAUUCAGAACCACUCUGUAGUCUGUAUUGUUUUCUCUAACUUAGGGACUCUUAAGUAAUCUUUUUGUGUUGUUAAACAAAAUGCCAUUGGUACUACAACAAAUGACAGAAAGCACUUAUGAAUGUACACCAGAGUUUUGCUUAGUAAAUAUAAGUGAACUGCUUGUGUGUAUUAGGUGUCCUGGUUGCUUUAUGUUUUACUUCGUUUAUUUCAGAGAGUUUGUUACUGAAUGCUGAAGUGUUCACUUUUAGACUAGGAGAUCUGUAAUUUGGGUAUUUAAUUUUAAAAUAUAUACAUAUUCUCUAUAAUAUAAGUUACAUAUACUCCAUGCAUAAAGAUCUGUUUUGGGGUGUGAUGUGCAACCGUAUGUAUUCUUAUUUUGAAGUUUUUGAAAGACACUAAGGAAUAUCUAAUAACACGUGGAAAACAUUAGUUAGAAAUAAUUAUGUUAGUAUUGUAUAUUGUGACUUUUAAUAUCCUCAUUUGGUUUUUUCUUUCCUCAUUUGACUUCAUUACUGGAAUUACUUGCAUAGAGCAAUUUGGAUCCAUAUACUCUGACUAAUUUAGUUUGUUUAUGCUGCUAUGUCUUUUUAUCAAAAUUAAUAAGACAAAUUCAGAAGUAUCAUUUGAAGUUGAAAUUUGCAAAAUGUAUAUCCUAUUUCCAUUCAUGCAUCUCUAGUAGUAUUAUUAGAGUAAGAAAUUGGGAAUGAAAUGAUCACAAAAGAAUUUCUAAGCUUUCUAUUAUCAAUGAUUUCAAGAAUAGAUUAACUUAAUUUUUAUUUAACUUGCUCAGAAGUGUCAUGUCAUUUAGUCCUAUCAUAAACGUAAUGUGCUCAGAAUUGAGCAGUGAACAAUACGAAUUUUCAUUACCCAUUGAGAACUGACAGUGUAAAAGGUACCCAGAUAUGCAAGUGGAUGUACCCAGUAAUUGUGUGGGUGUUUUCUGCUGGAAAAUUCAUACAUAUUAACUUGAUAAUAGUAGCAAAAGAUAACAUUUUUAUAAAGGAAAGCUUCAGAAUAUUUCUUCAUAUUGGUGAAGGACCCCAAUUAGUGAUUCCUAAGCAUAUAUAAAUUGUCUAGAAACCUGUCAUCACAAACGUUUUAUUUGAAUGGGGGUAUUUUUCCACGUGUAGUGUCUAAAUCUGUAACCAGUACAAGUAAAUCUUUUUCUGUAAAAUUUCUAGGUUACUGUGUUUUCUAAUAGAUUCAUGCACAGUUAUUUUUAAUAGAUUUUCUUUAUAGUUAAAGUUCUCGGUAAUAUUUAUUGUUAGUACCAUUUGGAGUUUUGAGUUUUCUGGAAAAAUUAGGUUAUAAACUUUUUUUCCUAAAGGGAAAGUUUCAAGUUUACUCAGACAAACUAGAAAUCUUUGUCCAAAAGCACAUUUUACUAAGAAUAAACUCAGGAAACCAUUUAUAAGAAAAUUGUAAUAUACCACUGGUGAUGAUAAUGUUUUGAGGCAAAAUGGUUACCCCUUCCAUGAAGAUCAAAUGUUAGCCAGUUUGGUUAGAUUCAGAAAUGACUAAACAUUUAUUGCCAUCGGUACUUCAUCAUAGUAAAAUAUUUUUUUCAUAGCACCUGCAGUUAACUUUAAGGAGUAAUGUUUAGACAACCCACAAAUUUAAGAACAGACACUUGGUAUUUAUAAUGAAUGCAUCUCUCCAUUUAAAUAUGUUUUUUUAAAGAAAUAAUGUUAAAAUAGUCUUUCGCACAGAAACUUAGACUGAUUAAGUACCAAGAAGCUUCAAAAGUUUGUGGAGAAAUUCCAGUAUCUUUUAAUUCUAUUUGUUCUGUGAACUUUUUGAAGGCCCUAGGAAUUUCUUGAGAGUAAGAAGCCCUUCAUAAAUGAAGAAAAGCAACUGCUUGCUCAGCCUUCGGUAGUCAAGAAAAGUUUAGGCAAUUUGGUAAUCUCUACAGUGUUCUGGCUUUCCAGCUUCCUCAUGAUUAUCUACCGAUUUCUUCAUGCAGGGGCUCCUUUUAGGAGCACGAUGUGCUCCUUCCCCAAAUCAACUUUCAUUUUCAUAGCUAUUUUUAGAAAAAAUGAAUAAGGAAGGGUACUUGAAGUUAAUUUACAGUUUUCUGUCAGUGGCUAAUAUAUAAUUACUAUGUUUUAAAGGGAUAUGUCCAUCAAUUUAAAUUAGUUUCUAGUUGCUGGAGUUUAAGGCAAUAAUGCCAAAAUGGAAAGAAUUUUAAAUUACCAGGGAAGAUAUUUUUAGGUUAAAAAAUACCACAAAAUAUGGCUUAGGGUCAGGGUAAAAGAUUCUUUUAUGCCUGUCUCCUUCUUCUGUAUUUCUCAAUCCACAUUUCCUCUGAAGUUCUAACUUUUUAAUCAAAAAGAAUUUAUAAGACAAAAGAGUGGUGUGGAUAAGUCAAGAUCUCUGGUUGUUUUCCUAUACUAUAUUAAGCCUGUAUUUAUUUGUGUUCUCAUUUCUUACAUUACACAAUUUAUAACAUGGAGAGUUUUCUCCCCAGCUCUUAUUUCUAGUGUAUAGAUAAACAAGAGCACAAGGAAUACUGAAUGUAAACUAUCGGUAGAGUCUGCUUCUAUAUCCUUUCUCUAGAUUUCAGGACCAAUACUAUAUAUCACAAUUUUAUUUCUCCUCAGCAAUGCAAGUAAUAUUAAGUAUAGAUCGACCAACUGCAAUUAAACUGCUUUAGAACAAUUCCAUAUAUAUCAUCGCUUAUUUUCAACUUGUUGCCAUGUGUUUCAAUGUCAAUGAUUACUAAAAUUAAAAGUAAACUAGUAAUGUGCUUCCUGCCUUCCUAUGUCCAGUGAUUAUUCAAAACAUACAUUAUAUUCUCAUGGAUGCACUUUUAAUCUUAAAAUGCAAUGAAGUCCACCAUAUAAUUUCAAUAAAGUGAUAAUGCUUGAUCACCGAAAAUUCUAUUUCUUGCUAUACAUAGGGGAAUUGAACUUGAAAAUAGUAAAUCUUAAAAAUGCGUGUAUGUGAAGAAAGGCGAUUAAAACAGAGCUCCAGCCUGCUUACAUUUUGGUAUAUUAGGUAGCCUCUGUCACUUUAUGUGCCAGCAGAAAACUUGAGCUAAAUGCUCAAAAAUAAGUAUUCACAUUUACAAACCUUGAACAGUACAGUUUCUUUGGGUGUCUGUUUUGCUUUUAUUCUAGGUGUCUAUGUGAAUUACUUGACUUUUUAAAAGGUAGCAUCUAAUGUUAUGUGUAACAUUCUAGAUAAUGUACUCUUAGUCCAUUAGUUUGUUAACACAUUGUCUUAAUGUGAUCAGCUAGAUUUUUUUUUUUAAAUCUGUGAGUGGAAUAGAAUCAAAUGGCAGUGGUUUUGGUUUUUGGGUCUAUCAACUAAUAUUGGUCAGAUAACAGUUUAUUUAAAUAUUUUGCUUUCUAUCUACAUAUUUGCUCCCUAUAAUAUUGCUACCACUUACAAGAACAAAAUAAUUUGUUUUAUGAUUUUUUUAAAACACCAGGAAAGAACUUUAAAUAAGCAGCCACUUAAACUGUUAUACACGAAACCUUAACUAUCCAAUGCCAGCAUGAUUUGGAAGUGAGAAUUUAUCUUGAAUUAAUUUCCAAAGUACAGGAAAAAAAUGUCUUUUGUGUGUUUGACUUUUCCAAAUAGGAGUUAUUGUUGUUAGUCAUGCGUUACAUAAGCUUUAUGCAGAGAGAGUAGUAUGCUAUAGCCAUAUUUUUUUAAAAAAUAUUUUGCCAAUUCUUCCCAAGCACUUCUGAAUUUCUAAAUUUAUUUUCUGAUAUUAAAGUAUUUGUGGCAUUUUAUUGCACUUCUCAAGGCAGAAAUGGUGUUAAAUUUUGUUUUCUUUUCUGACUAUAUUAUGAAUAUAUGCAAUCAUUUUAUAAAUAUUUUCCUUAAAAUGGAUUCUUUUGGCAUUAAAGUUUUCAUUGUACUACAUUUUCUCAUUAUAUAAGACAUAAUAUCAUAGUGCUUUUUACAGUGUUUUUAUUCCUUUACCAUGAUACUAAAGAAAUUGCUAUCAUUUUGAAUUUACAACAUGCCAAAGAAUAUAUAGAAUUUUAUUUUGUUCUUGUUAAAAGUCUAUGAUCAACAAUUAUUGAAAUAUGUUAAUAACUGGCAUUAUCUGGGUACUAAAUAAAAAGGCUGCAACUUUGUACACUUUA